AUGGUGACCAAAGAAGAAGAUUGUCUUCCUCCUGCAACGGAGCCAUCGAGACGUUAUUCUCCUUCUUCUUCUACUCCUCUUGCGGAGUUAGAGACUGUUCGGAGCUUAGAAAUCGUCGAAUCUUCCUCUCUGUCUCCCGUUUGGUUACUGGUGAUCUUUUGCGUCAUUAACUUGUUAAACUAUAUGGAUCGAGGUGCGAUAGCUAGCAAUGGUGUAAAUGGAAGUAGCAAGAGUUGUGAUGAUAAAGGCAAAUGCACUACUGCAACUGGAAUUCAGGGACAUUUCAAUCUAAGUAAUUUCGAAGAUGGUGUAUUGUCAUCUUCAUUUAUGGUUGGACUUCUUAUUGCAUCACCAAUCUUUGCUUCAUUAGCAAAAAGCUUCAAUCCAUUUAGACUUAUUGGAGUAGGCUUAACUGUUUGGACAAUUGCAGUUCUUGGUUGUGGCAGUUCCUUUGCCUUUUGGUUCAUCGUCUUAUGUCGUAUGUUCGUUGGUGUCGGUGAAGCUUCUUUCAUUAGUCUUGCAGCCCCAUUUAUAGAUGAUAAUGCUCCUCAUAAACAGAAAGCUGUGUGGCUUGGUGUGUUUUACAUGUGUAUACCAAGUGGUGUUGCUCUGGGCUAUGUCUAUGGCGGAUACGUCGGAAAACAUUUUAGUUGGCGGUAUGCGUUUUGGGGAGAAGCUGUGUUAAUGGCUCCAUUUGCUGUUCUUGGUUUCUUGAUGAAACCGUUGGAGCUAAAAGGGUUUCCGUCUACUAAAUCAGUAACGACGGUGAAAUCAAUUGAAGUAAUGGCUUCAUCAGUAGGACCAGAGACAUCGAAAAACAAAAAUGAUCUUCAAGCUGGUAAUGAGAUUGAGGUUCCCAUUGAAACUUACAAGUCAAGUCAAACGAGCGUAGUGUGGAAAUCAUUUACUCAAUUUGCGAAAGAUAUGAAAGAUUUAUGUAAAGAAAAAGUCUUUGUUGUUAACGUAUUAGGUUAUGUAUCAUACAAUUUUGUUAUUGGAGCAUACUCAUAUUGGGGACCAAAGGCUGGUUAUAAUAUUUAUAAAAUGAGAAACGCUGAUAUGAUCUUCGGGGCAGUAACUAUCAUUUGUGGGAUUGUUGGGACAUUAUCAGGAGGCUUUAUACUUGAUCGCGUCACAGCAACAAUUCCAAAUGCUUUUAAGCUCUUAUCCGGAGCAACUUUUCUCGGAGCGAUAUUUUGCUUUACUGCUUUUACUUUGAAGAGUUUAUAUGGUUUCAUUGCUCUCUUUGCCUUAGGAGAGCUUCUUGUGUUUGCUACACAGGCUCCUGUGAAUUAUGUGUGUUUGCAUUGUGUGAAACCAAGUUUAAGACCAUUAUCUAUGGCUAUCUCUACCGUCGGAAUUCACAUAUUUGGCGAUGUUCCUUCUUCGCCUCUUGUCGGUAUUCUUCAGGAUCAUAUCGAGAGUUGGAGAAAAACAGCGUUGAUUCUUUCAUCGAUUCUGUUCUUAGCUGCUGCAAUAUGGUUUAUAGGGAUAUUCAUAAACGGUGUAGACCGGUUUAACGAAGAAACUGAAACUGAGAACCAGAGGAGGCACGAACAAUCGAUUCCAACUCCAUAAAUACUUUAGCAAAAAUAGGAAUCUGUUUGUACAUUGUACAGUUCCAGAAGACCAAAACACAAUGGCAUAUCACUUUUACCAAGUAGAACAUUCAUCAAGUUUACUCGAAAAAUGAUUCCACUAUAUAC